AUGCAUGUACCGCAACAUAUUACAAUUGCCGGAGGCACUGAGGAACACAUAGGACAGCGUUUUGCCAAUGUGGCUGAUAAUUAUGCUUAUCAGAUGAGUGUACCAGAAAGGAUUCUCGUCACUGGAGGCAAUGAAACACGCGCUGAUCGUGCGCCACCAUCCGAAGUAAUGUUUGACCGUAUAGCUGUCCUUUGUCCAACCGCUCAGUUAGCUACUCCGCCAAGCACGCUGACACUCGAUAAAGCGCCAUGUCCGGAAAUUGCUGGUGAUAUGCCUUCUCCUAAGGAUUCGCCUCCUUCACAAGAAUUUUCUUCAUCAAUGAUGGUAGAAGAGAAUCCUGUGCGUGAAUUGAAAUUGAUGAGGCGACAGCUAGGACGUUUGUCGACACGUUUGUACCAGUUAGAGGACGAUUUCGAACGCAGAAAAACUAAGGAAUCCUUGCUAUGGACAUAUAUAUUCAGUAUUACUGGUUUAUUUUUAUAUUUAUUUUUCAAGAAAAAGGUUUAG